CCUAGGCCCAUCACUCACAAGGAUUAAAAAGAGCUGCGGGAGACUGCGGGCCCUCCUAAUCUCUGUUUCAAAUUCAAUAUACCGUCACAUGUCCGCCUUUCAGUUAUUUCUUGCAUCAUUGGAAGAUAAUGGUCGUCGAAGAGAGUCCCCACACCACGCCACUAAUGUGACGCCGUCUUCAGCAUUGAAGGCGUCAAAAUCCGUUCGACUUUCUAGUGCCCCACCAAAUUUGAAACACAAGGAAAUAACUCCACCUAUCAGUGAAAAUAUUUCUCGUGAAUUUGUACUUGCGACUGUGAGUGGCACCAAAGCUUGAAUUUUGUCAGUUUAACAAGUUUCAGAGAAAGCCAAAGUCCAGCAAUGCAGCAAACAACAAGAUUGGUGGGUCCGUUCUGGGCUCCUCGUUCACCCUUUUCAAGCAUCAAGCGAUGGACCUCGAGUGGCUACUCGCCCGUGAGAAAGAAGGACAAGGAGGCUCAAUACUCGCGCACGAGAUGGGUCUCGGAAAGACCGUAACUUCCAUAGCGUUGAUAAAGAAGACGCUCCAAGAGUCGAAAGCAGCGGAUCUCAAGAAGUCCCCUGGGGUUCCUUCUAAGACUAGUGGACCCGUGAAAGCUCCCCCUAAACAACCCAAGACGACACUGGUUGUUGUCCCUAGCGUAUCUCUCCGCGAACAGUGGAUGCGCGAAAUUGUGAAAUUUGGUGAUGGACUAACAGCGAAAGUUCAUGAUGGGCACAUGAGUGUGGACGCUCUCAUGGACGCAGAUGUUAUCAUCACUACGUAUCAGCGAAUUGAACGUCGAAUGAGCAAGGAUCCUAAGGAUCCAGUUUUUCUGGCACGCUGGUCCCGCGUCAUUUUAGAUGAAUCGCAUAAGAUCGUGGGUUUAGGUGCUUGGUACAAGCUAUCCGAUAUCCAAUCCCAGCUCAGGUUUCUUGAAGUCACAGAUGAACGUGGUCCGGCUGCGGAAAGCACCGCGUUCGCUGUGCGCGGUAAACGUGGAUACUUUUCCAAGGUUUCCGCACACGUAGUCGCGGAUCUUCUUACGAAUUGUACGCGAUACAGGAGAAAGGUAGAUGUAAUUCUGCUUCCGAAUCUAGAAAUCAAAACUGUUCAUGUGUGGCAAACACAAGGGGAGAAAACGAUACAUGAUUGGGCUCGUUCCGGUAUCAGGGAUUUCGAUUUGGCGUGGCUGAGAGCCAGGCAAGCAUGCGAUCACCCAUUACUACUCAUGGGCGUCUUGGGGCAGGUAAUCGAGGAGCAAGGCCUGAAUGCUGAUGUAACUUCUGAUGCAGUGGACCUGUACGGACGUGGACUUGGUCCCGAUCCGGAAGUUCUCCCGUUAAGCCUUCAGCCAUUCGCUCGGCUGUUUGGACAUGCGUAUGUCUCAAGUAAAAUCCGCGCGGUGAUGGAUAUCAUCACAGGGGUGCCAGAAGGCCAGAAGGUGUUGGUUUUUUGCUGCUUUAGGGACACGAUGGAUCUGCUGGAGGUCCAGAUGAAGAAACUCAAGAUAGGCGUGGGCCAAUAUCAUGGCGAACUCUCGACCCAACAACGUAUGGAAGUCCUUGACUCUUUCGCGAACAAUUCCCGCAUGAAAGUGCUCCUGAUGUCCAUUGAUGCUGGUGGUGUCGGACUCAACAUCACUGUCGCAAAUCAUGUCAUUCUCGUCAAUCCGUGGUGGAAUCGUUGCAAAGAGAUGCAGGCUAUUUCUCGAUGCCACCGAUUUGGCCAAGACAAGACAGUUUUUGUGUAUAAAGUCAUCACACAGGACUCUGUGGAGACUGAUGUUAUAAAGUGUCAAGAGGAGAAGAAGGAUAUCAUUGAAUAUGUAACAGACUUGAUUGCGCUUCCCCCUAUCUUCUGAGCUUGAGAUAAUGUUUUAUAACCUGACCGUAUGCAAGGUGCCUGCCGGCGCAGCUCCGCCCUCUCAAGUCCAAUCUAAGCCAGGCACG